AUGGAUAAUGAUAAUAAUAAAAGAAAAAAGACGAAGAAAAAGAAAGUUCGAAAUGUUAAUAAUAAAAAUAGUAAUGAAAACAAAAAGAAAGGAAUCCAAGAAAACCAAGAUGAACAAAAUUAUACAGAACAGUAUGCAGAUCAAAUUGAAGAGAUAUUAGCGUUACAUAAUAUUUUUUUCCCUAUGUAUGUAGACAAUCCAGGGCAUGUAAAAAAAAGCGAUCUACCAAAAGAUUUAAUGAAACGUAAUGAAUAUAUAAAGAAUAGUAAGGAUUUAUCCGAGAAUAUUAUUGUUGAUAUAAAUGAUGAAAUAAAUAAAAAUACUUGUUUAACCUUUAGUAUGUUUCUGAACAUUGAUAAUAUUAUGGAAAAGUAUAAAGUAACAUUUAUGUAUGAAAAAAUUUAUCCAUAUUCCUAUCCAAAUGUUGUUAUACAUAUGAACACCAAAUUAAAUGAAGAACAAAAAAAUGAUGUAACAUUAAAUAUAAGAAAAAUAUGUGCAAAGAAUUAUGGAAGAAUUACUUUAUUUGAAAUUUGUUUAUUUAUUAAUGAAUAUUUAAACAAAAUAUUCAAUAAUGAUUUCCAAAAUUUGUGGGAAGAAAUGAAUUAUCGAAUUGAUGACACAAGUUUUAAAAAAGACAGAGAUAAUGAAAUAUAUAAUGAUUUACAUAAUGAAAUAGAAGACGGUCGUAAAUUAGAUAAUUAUAAAAACGUACAAAAUGAUAAUAAUGAUGAUGAUUAUAAAAAAAAUAAUGAACAUAUGAAUAAUCAGAGUGAUGGGAUUUAUGAACAUAUGAAAAAUCAUCAAUGUGAUCAAAAAGGUUAUUAUGAUAAUGGAGCAUGUUUAAAUGAUCAAAUUGAAUCUAAGAAAAAAAAAACACAAAUAUUAUAUGAACACGGUAUACAAUAUGAUGAAAUAGAAAUAAAUAAUAAAAACAAACAUAUAGACAAUUAUAUAAAAGAUACAUAUAAUUUUCAUAGUCAACCUUAUAAUAAAAAAGGAUAUUAUAAUAAUGAAUAUUUGAAAGAAAUGUACUUAUCAAAAAAUAAUGAUAAUGAAACAAUUAAUGAUGAAAAAAAUUUAGAUCAUAAUUCGACCAACACUCUUGAAAAUUAUAAUUAUUUACAAAAUAAUAUAAUUAAUGAACAAAAAUAUUUUUUAAAUACAUAUAAUUUCAAUAGUAUAUCAGGGUUUUCUUCAAUAAAUAGUUGCCUUAUUAAUCAACAACAAUAUGAAAUAAAUAGAAAAAAAGAAGAAUGGGAAACAAAAAUAAAAACAAAUUUUUUAGAAAAUAAAUUGAAUUCAAAAAAUAUUAUGAACAAUUCAGAAAAUUAUGAUAUGAUAAUACAAUGUAAAGAUAGCAAUUUUAAAAAUUUUAAUAUUAUAAAAAACAUUUCAAUUAAUAAUUAUAGGAACACAUUUCUAGUAAGACAUAGUAUUGAUACAAAUGUAUAUAUUAUUCAUUCAUAUGUCUUAUUAAAUAUCUCAUAUUUCUUAACCUUCUUUUUCAAUCAUAUGGUUUUUUGUAAUAGGGAUUUUAAUUUGUUUUGUAACAUAUUAAAUGAUAAAAAGGGAAUUCAAAAAAAUAAAAAAAAUAAAAAAAAUGAAGAAUUAUUUAAAGAAUAUUUAAAUGAUAUUAUCAAUUUAAGAAAUUCAAAAAAAAAAAAAAAUUUCCUAUUAAAAAAUUAUCAGGAUGAAGAAAAGAACAAACAAAAUUAUUAUAUUCCUGCUGUUCAUUUUUUUUGUAGUGAAUAUCAAUUUUACGCUAACAAAAAUUGUGUUAUUACACAAAAUAAAAAUAAUAAAACUUUACACAAUAUAUUAAAUGAAAUAAAUCAUAAUCGUUUAAAAAAAGUUAUUCAUCAUUAUAAACUUGUACGUAAAAUUAAUAUUAAAAAAAUCAUAUGUGAGCUAGCCAAAUUGACCAAAAUACAUCAUAAAUAUUUAGCUAGAUAUCACUUUUCAUGGUUUGAAAAGGAAAAAAUCAUAAACAAAGAACAGAAAAAUAAUCAAAAAAUAAAUCAAGUAAAUGACUUAAUGAAAAAUGUUAUUAUAAAUAGGCUUGAUCAUAAUGUACAUUAUAUGGAAGAACAUUAUAAAACUGAAGUAGAAGACAACAUAAAUAAUGAUAAACAAAAGAUAAAAAUAAAAAUAAAAAAUAAUAAUAAUAAUAAUAAUAAAAAAGGUAUAAGUUAUAUACAAAACAAAGAAAAUAUAAAUAAUGGUCAUGUACUAAAAUAUAAUGCAAAUAAAAUAGAAGAAGAUUUUCAAUGUGUACAGUCUUUUGAUUCCUACUGUACUGACUGUGCUUGUUAUUAUUGUUGUUGUUCAUCUUCUUCCUGUCCAUUAGAAAACGAUGACACGAUAUUACAAACAAAUGAAGAUAAAAAUGGGAAUUAUAAGGAUAGCUGUGAAAAUAUAAAAAAUGAAAUAAAUCAUUUGGAAAAGGAAAAGCCAACAAAAAAUAAUGAAGAAGAUGAAGAAGAUGAAGAAGAAGAAAAAAAAAAUCAUGAAGUUUUGGAUGAAAAAAAAAACAAACUAAUAGGAGCUUUUUCUAAUAAUAUAGAAAGAAAAGGGUCACAAAGUAAGAAUAGUAUCAAUAUAAUGGAAGGUUCAAAAAAUAAAGACAAAGAUAAACAUAUCCAUCACCAUAAUAUUAUUAAUAAUAAUAAUAAUAGGAAUGACAAGGAGUGUUGUAAUAAUAUGAAGAAUAAGAAAAAUGAAAAUUAUAUAACUCCUUUUAAGAACGAUAUAAACUAUAUUAAAAAUGUAGCUUAUAUAAAAAGUAUCUUAAAUAAAAAAGAAUAUAAUAAAAAAACAUUAUAUAUACAAUGUGAACAUUGUAAAGGACAAUCAUUAGAAAAAGAAAUUGAAAAUAAUUUUUUUCAGAAAAAUAAAUAUUUAAUAUGGAAUAUAUUUCGACAAGUAUUAGAAUCUUUAAGCUAUUUACAUAAGCAGAAAAUAUAUAUAAAAAAUUUGAAUUCUCAGAAUAUUUAUUUAGAUAAUGAUAAAUAUGGAGCACAUAUUAAAAUAAUAAAUUAUAGUAUAUGUAAUAUGAUUGAUUAUUUCUACUUUUAUCAUUAUUCAUAUAAAAAUAAUUCCUCUUAUUUCCAACAGUUCAUGCAAGAAUUAUAUAACGAUCUAAAAAAUAUUGGGAAACCAUUAAAUAAACAAGAUAUUGAAAACAUGAUACACACUGAACGUAUACAUGAUAAGGAAUCUAAAGAAGAAGAUAUCUUUGUAAAGAAGUGUAACAGUUUUGAAAUUAAAAAUGAUAGUUCGUGUAAGGAAUAUAUAAAUGAUGAAAAAAUAAACAAAGAAAAAAAUGUUCCUAUUGAUGAAUAUGAUCGUAAUAAUAAAUGUGUCAAUUAUAAUGAUUAUAAUAAUGAUGAUUACGAUGAUGAUAAGGAAAAAACAAUAUAUACAUAUCCAUCAUCAAAUGAAUAUAAAGAUUUCUAUGUACAUUCUUAUAACCAAUAUUUUUAUAAAUGUUUAAAUAAAAAGAAAUAUGAUUAUGAAGAAUUGGACUUAUUUUCAUUAGGUUUAUUAUUAUAUGAAUUAUGGCAUACACCAUUUAAAUCGAAAGAAGAAAAAUUAAUAAAUAUAACUACCAUGAUUAAGGAAAAAACUUUUUCAGAAUCGUUUAUAAAAAAUAUAGAUAAUGAUUCUUUAAAAGUAUUAAAAUUUAUUUUAAUUAGUACUAUUAACUAUGAUACUAAUGAAAAAAAAAUAACAAAACUGGAAUAUGUAGAUAUUUUAAAUUUAAAUAUAAAAAAGGAUAAGGAAGAUUAUGAACAUUUGAAUAAUAGUAUGAAAACUAAAACUAUCAAAGAUAUGAGUGAUGAUUAUAUAAUUAAGGAAGAGGGGAUAUAUAAUAAGAAUGUAAAUAUCGAUAUAGAAAAUGAAAUAAAAAUGAAUAAAAUUAAAAAAAAUAUAAAUAAUUAUAAGGAUCAUAUGAAUAAUGAAAUGUUAUUAAAUAUGAAUAAAAAGAAUCUAAAUGUUCCAGAGAAGCCUAAUUUAUAUUGUAUUAAUAAUUCUAUUAGUAGUAUACUAGCUAAAUAUAAUGAAAACGAUGAUUAUAUAUCUAAUCAAAAAAAAAAUAAGGAUUCUGAGAUAUAUUUGGAUGUAAAAGGAGAUAUAAGAUUACUUUUAAUGAAUAGUAUGGAAUCCCCAUCUAGUCAUCAUAUUGCUUCAGAGAAUUUAAAAAAAGCUGAUCAUUCAAAUACAUAUUCAGAACAAUUAAAAAAAAUUUAUAAUUUCUUUAAUCAGGAUAUUAAUGUCCUGGAAGAUGGUAAACAUAUAUCUAUGAAAAAGGACAACAUACAAAAGGAAAAUGUUGUUGAAAAAAAUGAUAUAUUUGAAGAUAAUGAAAAGAAUAACAAGAUUAAUCAAAAUGAUAAGAUUAAUAAGGAUGAUGAAAAUAUAAAAUAUACAAACGAAGAUAAAUAUAAAAUAAAUGAGAAUAAAAAAAACAACAACAAUAAUAAUAAUAAUAAUAAUAAUAAUAAUAAUAAUAAUAACAAUAAUAAUAAUAAUUUUCAGAUGAACCAUAUUGUUGAAGAGGCUAUAUACAGUACACAUGAACAUGCUAAUAAUAAAGAAGAAUACAUAUAUAAAAAGAAUUAUACUAACAAAUUACCAAAAAUAACAGCAGAGAAAUUAUUAAAUUAUCCAUUAAUACCUGUUGUCAUCCAAAGAGAUAUUUUUAAAUAUUUUCUUCAGAAAUUAAAACAUAAUUCUUUAAAUGAAUGCAUGAAUGUUUUAAACAUUUUAUUAUAUAAUAAUAAAGAUCUAUCUUUUCCAUUUGAAAGGAAUCGAAAUGCAUAUGUUUAUACACAUACAUCUACCUAUGAAUAUGAUGUUAUUAAAAGUUAUAUAUUUGAAUAUUUCCAUUGGUAUUUAUCUAAAAAACUUUGUACUUACAACCAACCUCAUGUAUUUCAAUUAAUAAAAAACAAAACAGAUACAUCUAAUGAAGAUGUACAUAAUGAUGUCAUAUCAAAAAUUCCUAAUAAUUUUUUAAAAAAAAUUAAUUUAUAUAAAAAAGAAAUAAAGACGAAAAAAAUGGAUAUGGAAAACGAUUCUGAUAAUAAUGAAAACAAAUAUGAAGAUAUUAAUAAUAGUAUUGAACAUUUAGAUAUAUUAGAAAAAAACAAAUCCAAUAAAAAGAACAAAAAAAUGAAAAAAAAGGAAAUAAAAAAUAAUAGUAGAUAUUAUUCAUUUGAUUCUUUACCUGAACAAAAUUCAAAUAAUUUAAAAAAUUUGGAAAAUAGGCAAGAUCUUAAAAAAAAAAAAAGUUAUAAAAAGAAAGAGAAUGAUAAUAGUACAACAAGUAGUAAGGAUAAAAAUGAAAAGGAUAAUAUUUCAAAAUAUGAGAAAAAAAAAAAAAAAAGUGAUGAUGAAAAAAAGAAGGAUAACAAAAAGAGAGAUUUUCCUAUAUUAGGCAAAUUUUCAAUGUUUAAAAAAUUUCCGUUAAUUAAGAGAAGUAAUACAUAUAAUGUAUAUAGAACUAAUGAUAUGAAUACAAAUUUUUUGAUAAAUUAUGAUGAUAAAAAUGGAGAACAUGAAAAAGGUGAUAAGGCUGAUGAUACAAGUAGUUCUUAUAAUAAUAAUAAUAUUAAUAAUAUGCAAAAUAGUUCCCGUAUGAUUGAACAAUUAAAAACAGAAAAUGAAGAAAAUAAAAGAAAUAUUUUAAAUCGGUUUAAAGACAAAUUACAACUUAUUGAUAAAAAUAAUAAAUUAGUUUAUAUGCCCUUUUAUCUUACUGAGUCCUUUUUAAAUUUAAUACCACAUUAUAAUUUAAAUAAAAGCUUUAUGAAUUCCUUUUGUUUUUUUCAAAAUUAUUUUUUUGAAAAUAAUCAAUAUAAAAUAAUAAAAAGAGAGAAUAGUAUUAUAUAUAAUAAUAUCAUUACAAUAAAUGAUAAGAAAGAUUUUUUUUAUGGUAACAAUAUUAAUGGAAAUAAUAAAACAGAAGUUAAUAUUUCAUUUUGUAUUUAUCAAUUAAUUAUAUUAUGUAAUAUUAUGGAAAUAUUUGAAAAGUUUGAAGGAUAUUUAAAUAAUUUAAUAAUAAAAUGGUGUUAUACCGAUUUAAUUAUUAUUUUAAUUCGGGAUAUGUUAUCAUUAAAUUGUAAUAAAAAAAUAUAUUUUUUAUAUAAAAUAUUUGAAGACGGCAAUAUUUCAUUUAAGAAUUUAAAAAAAUUACUUUUAUAUUUAGAUAUCACAUAUGAUGAUAAAAUACUGAAAAUAUUAUAUUCUGUUUUAUAUGAUCAAACAGAUAAUUUAUAUAAUAAAAUGAAGAAAAUUAUAAAAAUGUAUGAUAUUAAAAAUCAUAAAAAUACCAAAUUUAUUAAUUAUAUAACAUCAACCAUAAUUUAUUUAAAUAAUCUUUUUCAAUAUUUUAAUAAAUCUAAUCAUAUUUUUACAUGGGAUUUUUUUAUGAACCACUUCCAAAAUACCUUUGGAUUUGCAUUUGCUUUUAAUAUUUACUCAAAUAAAAAUACAAAAUAUCUAUUAUCUUUUGGAGGGGUGUCAACACAAGUAUUUACAAAUUAUGAUAAGGUACCACAAAAUGGAACAUAUAAUAUCAUUUUUGAAAUAUUUGUAGAUUCUAUAUCAAAUAUAAUAUUUCAGGAUGUAAAGAAGGAUAACUUUUCCAAUUUGCUUAUAGAUUUCCAUUCUCCUAGUGUAGUAAUUACGGCUAAGGCUUAUAAAUUAUUGAUGUAUGCCUUUUCCUUAUAUAAUAGUUUAAUACAAAAUGGAAUUAAGUGCGAAUGCAGAAUAACACCCCUCAUGGAAACGUCCAAGUUUGAAAAGAGCUUACUGAAAUAUAAAAACAUCAACAUUCACGUACAAAUAAACCAAAAGAUUAGCUCGAGUACAUCAAUUAAUAUAGAAGACUAUGAAAAUUCAGCCGAAAAUAUUUCUUCUUCAAAUAUAAUCAAUUCAGAGGAAAAUGUAAAUAUUAUAUAUAGCACUCACAUUAUCAGAUUAAAUAUUAAAAAAAAUUUUGAGAAUGAGGCAUCAUUAAUAAAUUAUAUAAAACAAUUUUAUUUGAAAAAAUGA